AUGAUCCAGCCGCAGCAACGCGAGCCGACCCCAGGCCGCUUCCAGGCGCGGCACCAGGUUGGCGGAACGAAAAUCUACCUUGGCUGCUUCGACAGUGCGGUGGAGGCGGCGGUUGCCCAUGCACAGGCGGUAGAGGAAGCCGGCCCGCCCCGCGCCCCAAAGCGCUCACCCGAGCCGCCCAAAGCGCGGCCACCGAAGAAGCGGCGCUCCGCGGCCGCCGGGCCCUCGGCGGUUUCGACGCCCUUUCCGAGCUUUCGGCCGUUGCCGGUGAUCGUCGCGAAGCCGGGCAGUACUUAUGACGGGAUGCGAGGCCGCGUCGCCUCCUCCUCAAAUGGCUUCUAUCGGGUCGAGCUUGACGGCGUGGGCGUGCACCUCUUUCGGCGGCGGGACUUGUCUCUCAGCAUCGAUUACGAGCGCGAUGGCGGCGGUGCGACGGCACCCUCACCGGAUCCCCGAUUGCCGCCAGGUUGGGUCGAAGAGAGCCGCCAGCGCAAGAGCGGCACCGUCUACCGCAUCUACUACGGCCCUGCUGGAGAAUAUGCGGAGUCCAUUCGCCAAGCAUGGGCGGGCGGCAAGGGCGCCAGGGGCGGUGCGAUUCGUCCCGCAACCGUCGCUGCUGCAGAGGGGCCGCCGCCCGAGGGUGGGCCAUCACCAGCACCGACGGCGUCGGUGCCGGAGUCGUCCCAGCCGCAUCCGAUUGGCAUGCAGCUGGUAGUGCAGGCCCUCCAUUCAGUUGGGCUAUCGCAAUACGCCGACGGCUUUGACGAACAGGGCUAUGAUGAUCUCAACUACCUUUGCGGGAUGGACGCGGCGGAGCGGGCGGUUGUGGCAGAGGCGACGAAGAUGCGACCGGGCCAUGCGGCCAAGUUUGUCAUGUUUGGUUUGCGGUCGCCCGCCUGA